GCGGUGGGUACAUUUUGGAGAUGCCUCCUUAACCUCCAAGCGACGUCAUAUCUUUGCGACACUCUCAGGUUGGGGACGAAAGAGGCAUUGGAAAACCCUCUCUCGUUGCUCUCCCCCACCUCUGCUCUUUUUUUUAACUUUGCUCUGUCUUCAUAUUUGAGGGGUUUCUGGUGAUUGAGCGACAACAGCCUACGACAUGGCGCCUGAGUACAAGAGCGGUCCUCCGGACAUCAACUUCGACGUCGACUAUGUGAUUGAUUAUCGCUUUGCAAAUACAGAGCAAGCUGAAGCCGAAGCCCAAUUCGUGAAACUCAUCAAAGCCCUUAACGACGUCGGAUUAGCUACUGAGGUUCGAAAUGGAGACAAUUGCUCCCUCCUUAUCUUUGUCAAGAGCGCCUCCGACACGCAUCUCAAGUCUCAGGUCUAUCAAUCACGAGUACAAGACUGGCUGUAUGGAAUUCGCACAACCGCCCUGCACAAAGACAUGCAGACACAAUUGGAUGAUGAGCCAGUGACCGAGGCGGAACGCUUGCGACUGGUAUAUUUAUUGAUCACAAAGCCCAGGAAUGAAGGCGGUGCUGGGAUCACACCCAAGACUGGAGAAUGGAAGGACGUUCAAUCUGUCUUUGCUCUCCACGACCAUAAAUUCAACAAAGCAUGGGUCGUGCAAUUGACGUCCAAGUACUUUCUGAGUGCGAAGGACGUAACGGAGAUCAAAGACAGAUUUGGAGAGAAGAUCGCGUUUUACUUCUCCUUCCUGCAGUUUUAUUUCUUAGCACUAACGUUUCCUGCUUUCUUCGGGUUUUGCUCUUGGGUACUCUUCCGUCAAUAUUCCCCUAUAUAUGCUCUCGUUAACUGCCUGUGGUGUAUUAUUUUUAUCGAGUAUUGGAAGAAACAAGAAGCAGACUUGGCAGUUCAAUGGGGAGUCCGGGGAGUGUCGAAGAUUCAGCGCAAACGGGCUGCGUUCCAGCAUGAGAGCGUGAUCAAUGAUCCCAUCACAGGCGAGGAGAUCAAGACCUACUCGCCUUGGAAAAGACUGGCACGCCAAUUGCUUCAAAUUCCAUUUGCUAUAGGAGCAACUCUGGCUCUGGGAAGCUUAAUUGCCGGAUGUUUCGCUAUUGAGAUAUUCAUAUCUGAAGUCUAUUCUGGCCCAUUCAAAUCUUAUCUGGCUUUCCUACCAACUGUUAUCUUGACUAUUUUCAUGCCGACGUUAACAGCUAUUUUGACCGAAUUCGCGUCUGAAUUGACAGAUCUAGAGAAUUAUGAGACCGCUGAUGCACAUGAGGCAGCUAUGGUCCAGAAGAUUUUCGUGCUCAAUUUUAUCACCUCAUAUCUUCCUAUCUUUCUUACGGCAUUUGUCUACGUGCCAUUCGCUCAAGCAAUCGUUCCUUAUUUGGAUAUAUUCCAAAUGGUUGUAAAGCCAUUCGCGGAAAACGAGAAGCAAAUGAGCACGCCAAAGGUUGGAUUCCAUAUCGAUCCUAGCCGACUCAAGAAGCAAGUCAUAUAUUUCACCGUUACUGCGCAGAUUGUCAACUUCGGGUUGGAAGUUGUUCUGCCGUACGUCAAACGUAAUGUGUUCAAGAAAGUGAAGGAAGUCCAGGCGGACAGAGCAGCAAAGCGAGCAGGAAACUCAAGCCCCACGGCCGAUGAUCACCCUGAGGAGACGCUUUUCUUGGCCCGAGUUAGGAAUGAAGCCGACCUUGAGGCUUAUGAUGUUACAACCGAUUUCAGGGAGAUGGUUAUCCAAUUUGGCUACUUGUCUCUUUUCUCAGUUAUCUGGCCCUUAACUGCUGUAUCGUUCUUAAUCAACAACUGGAUUGAACUCCGUGGCGAUGCCUUGAAAAUUGCCAUGGAAACCCAACGCCCUGUUCCUUGGAGAUCAGAUUCCAUUGGUCCUUGGCUUGAUUCCCUGGGAUUCCUCUCAUGGCUCGGUAGCUUGAGUAGCAGUGCUCUGGUUUACCUCUUCUGCCGAGAUGAUGGUCCAGAUGGAGCGCCAGGGGCCGUGAAGGGAUGGGCGCUUCUCUUGACCAUGUUCUUCUCAGAACAUAUCUACCUUGCUGUCCAACUCGCUGUCCGGACAGCUUUGAGCAAGAUCGAUAGCCCUGGACUACGGAAGGAGAGAGCUGAGAGAUAUGCCGCGAGAAAACAAUAUCUCCGAGAUAUCCAAGCACAAGAGGAGGCAGCCCACAAAGCGGCCAGCGGGGGAAUCUCCGAGGGGCAGAAGAUUAGUAGAAGUAUGCUGGAACAGGCAGCUAGAGAGUCGACAUUGCAUGGUCAUGGAACCCCCGAAGAGCGGUUCUGGCAAAGACAGCAGGGUCAGUCUGAGACUAUUAUCAUAGGAAAAGGCUAUAUUGCAAAGGCUAUGUCAAAGGACAAGAAGGAGUCGAAGAAGGAAUUAUAAUGACGGAUGAUCGUGAGGAUCGAUCUGGCAGAGAGUGUUGUGGGGCCGAGGCUACCUUAUCUUGGCGGGAGAAGGCUGUGAUCACGUGCGGCGCAGCGGGGUAAAUUCCGGGUCCAUAGGUCGACUACUUUUAAACUUCAAUUCGUCAAUCGACCUCAGAGAU